AAUUGUUCACUGUUGCAACGUCUCAAUCAGCAAUUCACAAUUUGAACAAUAUAUCUGAUCAUUCGAAUUUCUUUAAAGGUUGGAUUUGCUUCGUUAAAUUACUUUUAAUUAAUGGUUUUCACCAUAUAGCAAAAACUCCUAAGUGGGGGUCAAGAGGGGUUCAGCUCAUGUAUCGCGCUGCUAGGAGAAGUUUACUCGCCUGUUCCAGGUGGCCUCGAAGCGCUCUACAAUACAAGCCCUUUCCUUUGGUCUGGCGAUCCUUGGCUACUCCGAAGGCUCUCGCAUACCCCGACCACCGCCACUUAGCUAAUCAUGGACACCAUCCGAUUCACACUCGGUCUCAACUCCAACAAGGGGAUGACACCAUCUAUGCAUUAUCGACAGCCGAAGGUAAAGCCGGCAUUGCGGUAAUUCGCAUUUCGGGGCCUUUGAGUAAUUCCAUUUAUAAUGCACUCUGCCCAGGGAUACCCGCUUUGAAACCUCGAUAUGCGUCCAUAAGAACGUUAUAUCAUCCCGAAUCUAACGGUUCGGAGAUACUUGAUUCGGAAGCGUUAGUACUCUUUUUCCCGAGCCCAAAGACCGUUACCGGUGAUGACGUGUUGGAGUUACACGUCCAUGGGGGUAGCGCGACCGUGAAAGCUGUGCUCUCAGCUAUACCAAAAUGUGCUGCAGGAGGGAUCAUCCGUUAUGCAGAACCUGGAGAGUUUACUAAGCGCGCUUUUCUGAAUGACCGCCUCGACUUGGCACAGGUUGAAGCUCUAAGCGAAACGCUCUCAGCUGAGACUGAGCAGCAGCGACGCGCAGCUGUUCGCGGCAGUAGUGGCUCUUUAGGCCGAACAUAUGAAAGCUGGCGUCAAAAACUCUUACAAGCUCGAGCUGAAAUGGAAGCCCUCAUCGAUUUCUCCGAAGACCAGCAUUUCGACGAGUCUCCUAAUUCGCUUGUUCGCAAUGUGACAAAUCAAGUUAAAGAUAUACUUCGGAGCAUAGUUAUUCACGAAGGGGCGAGCGAACGAAGUGAGCUCCUGCGAAACGGGAUCAAGAUUGCCCUUGUCGGACCCCCAAAUGUCGGGAAGAGUUCUUUUAUGAACCAGGUUGUCGGCAGGGAAGCGUCUAUUGUUUCGGGUGAAUCGGGCACUACUCGCGAUAUCAUCGAAGCCAAUCUUGACAUCCGCGGGUAUCUAUGCACCUUUGCGGAUACUGCCGGUUUCAGGAGCGCAGUUGGGGAGGAUCUAACGGGAUUUCGUGGAUCCGAGGCCAAGGUAGGGGCUAUUGAGGAAGAGGGAAUCCGCCGAGCAAGGGUCAGGGCCGCGCAAUCUGAUGUCAUCAUCGUUCUCGCAUCCAUUGAGCUGGGCCCGCGUGGCGAACACGAGAUUCGAUUCGACGCUGAGACCCUCAGGCUAGCGGCAGAUUGCAAGGAGCGCCUCGUGGUUGUCAAUAAGCGAGACGCCGUUUCUGACAGCGAGCUACGCACCCUUAUUGAGAAAUUCGCCGAAGAAGUCCUAAGCAAAAUUGGGGGUCUUGAGGCGGUUCAGACGAUACCUAUAUCCUGCAAGGAGGCGCAAGAUCUAAGUGCUGACCAGAUCGACCCAGGGGGGAUAAGGGGUGUGAUCGAUCAAUUGGUGUCAUCGUUCGCCAGCAUGACAUCGCUCCCUGCCACGUUGCAAGACCUCCAUGGCGUUACGGAGCGUCAACGACAGCUUCUCGUGCAAUGCCGAGGUCAUUUACAGGAUUAUCUCGAAAGCGUAGGAUGUAGCGAAUUUUCGGAUGAUAGAAAUGAAUCCGACGAAAUUUCAAGCGGUGACAUAGACAUCACUAUGGCAGCCGAACACCUCCGAUACGCCGCCAACAACCUCGGACGGAUCACUGGACGCGGGGAGGUAGGCGACGUGGAGGAAAUUCUUGGCGUUAUUUUCGAGAAAUUCUGUGUAGGAAAAUGAAAAGAUUGAAUUUCCAAAAUAAAUAAUACAACUAAUAAUACUAAUGUGAAGAAGCCAAGCCCAAGAAAGAAAAGAAAAGAUCCAAAUCGCCUAUCUUUCGCCGUUUUGUGUUUGUUGCCAAACCCCAUCUAAAAUGCUUUUUGUAUUCCGUCAUCAAGUCCGUCUAUCAUAUCU